AUGGCGUCGCGCAACAGGUUGGUAGCCUCCACGGCUUCCAGCUUACUUCGAAGCUCAAAACCGCUCGCUUCAAGAACAGCACCGCUGGCUGCGCUCUUGAACGCACCUUCUACGCGCCACUUCUCGCAGCUAAACUCGCAGUCCGCCUCAUCCUCGAGCCCCGCCAGCAUCUUCAACCUCGGACAGCUCAACUCUCAGGCUGGGCCUCCCUCGUAUUUUGGGUCACAUAAGCGGCUACCAACGAACACUGUCGUGCGGUUCGUCCCGCAGCAGACGGCAUGGAUCGUCGAGCGCAUGGGAAAGUUCAACCGCAUCUUGGAGCCUGGUCUGGCUAUAUUGAUCCCCUUCAUCGAUCGGAUAGCCUAUGUCAAGAGCCUCAAAGAGAACGCGAUCGAGAUUCCAAGCCAGAGCGCCAUCACAGCGGACAACGUCACGUUAGAGCUUGACGGUGUGCUAUACACCAGAGUGUUUGACGCCUACAAGGCAAGCUACGGUGUCGAGGACGCCGAAUACGCCAUUUCUCAGCUUGCGCAGACGACGAUGCGAUCCGAGAUUGGUCAGCUCUCGCUCGAUCACGUACUGAAGGAGCGCGCCAAUCUGAACGCCAACAUCACUGCCGCUAUCAACGAGGCUGCCCAAGACUGGGGCGUCACCUGCCUGCGUUACGAGAUCCGCGAUAUCCAUGCCCCCGAGCCUGUCGUCGAAGCCAUGCAUCGUCAAGUCACCGCCGAACGAUCAAAGCGCGCGGAAAUUCUCGAGUCUGAAGGCCAGAGACAGUCUGCUAUCAAUAUUGCUGAGGGAAAGAAGCAGUCCGUUAUCCUCGCUUCUGAGGCGCUGAGGGCUGAGCAAAUCAACUUGGCAAGCGGAGAGGCCGAGGCUAUCAUACUGAAGUCGCAGGCUACCGCAAAGGGCAUUGACGCCGUUGCACAGGCCAUCGAACAGGGACAGGAUGCAGCGCAGAACGCCAUCUCGCUGCAGGUUGCCGAGAAGUACGUCGACGCUUUUGGCAAUCUGGCCAAGGAGGGCACGAGCGUGAUUGUACCCGGCAACGUUGGUGACAUUGGUGGCAUGAUUGCGAGCGCGAUGGCCGUAUAUGGAAAGGUGAACGAAACAUCCAAGACAACUGCGUCAAAGCUGGUAUCGGGAGGCUCGCAGAAGUCUACUGGAGUUGUGAAGAAUGCCGAAGAUGGCACAAAAAGCGUUCAAGAUGAAAUCAACAAGGUCAUGGAUCAGAGGCUGAACAGGUAA